AUGGACGCGCCGGCCGGCGCCGAGCCUCGUCGUGCGGGCUGUAGCCUCGGUCCGCCAACCCGCGAGCCGGACCCCACGGUCGUCCCUCCAUCCUCCAGCCGCGCGGUGCGCAAGCCGGCGCCGCCCUGGGCGCGCUUCUCGGCCUGGCUGGAGUGCGUGUGCGUGGUCACCUUCGACCUGGAGCUGGGCCAGGCGUUGGAGCUGGUGUACCCGAGUGACUUCCGGCUCACAGACAAGGAGAAAAGCAGCAUCUGCUACCUGUCCUUCCCAGACUCCCACUCAGGCUGCCUUGGGGACACUCAGUUCAGCUUCCGCAUCCGCCAGUCGGGAGCCCCACAGAGCCCGUGGCAUGCGGAGGACAGCCCCUACAACAGCAGGGCACCCGUGUGGCUACAGCGGGAGUCGGCGCACUACUUUGGCUACGUGUACUUCCGCCAGGUGAAGGACAGCUCCAUACAGAGGGGCUACUUUCAGAAGUCCCUGGUGCUGGUGUCCCGCCUGCCUUUCGUCAGACUGUUCCAGGCGCUGCUGAGGUUGGUGGCCCCCGAGUUCUUCGAUAAGCUGGCACCCUGCCUGGAGGCCGUGUGCAAUGAAAUCGACCAGUGGCCGGCCCCCUGGCCAGGGCGCACGCUAAACCUGCCUAUCAUGGGCGUUAUCCUCCAGGUGCGCAUCCCCAUCCGAGUGGACCAGCCUGAGGCCAGCCCCCCGAGGCAAUGCAGCCACGAGAACCUGCUGCCUGCCCCUGUGAUCCUCGCCAGCAUCCAUGAGCUAGACCUGUUCAGGUGUCUGCAGCCCUUGCUGACCCUCAUGCAGACUCUGUGGGAGCUCAUGCUACUUGGGGAACCCUUGGUGAUCCUGGCGCCCUCACCGGCCUUGUCUUCAGAGAUGGUGCUGGCCCUGACCAGCUGCCUGACGCCCCUCAAGUUCUGCUGUGAUUACCGCCCCUACUUCACCAUCCACGACAGUGAGUUCAAGGAGUUCACCACACGCAGGCAGGCCCCACCCAGUGUGGUCCUGGGAGUCACAAACCCUUUCUUUAUCAAAACGCUCCAGCACUGGCCUCACAUCCUCCGAGUUGGGGAACCCAAAGCAUCAGGGGACCUUCCCAAGCAAGUCAAGCUGAAAAAGCCAUCUCGCCUGAAGACCCUGGACACCAAGCCAGGUCUCUACACAGCCUACAGGGCCCACCUGCACCGAGACAAGGUGCUGCUCAAGAGGCUGCUCAAGGGCAUGCAGAAGCAGCGGCCUUUGGACGUGCAGAGCACCCUGCUGCGGCGGCACCUGCUGGAGCUGACCCAGAGCUUCAUCUUCCCACUGGAGCACUACAUGACCAGCCUCAUGCCUCUGCAGAGGAGCAUCACGCCCUGGAAGACACCCCCCCAGAUCCGUCCCUUCCGCCAGGACGACUUUCUGCGCAGCCUGGAGCGUGGGGGGCCCCAGCUCACCUGCCUUCUCCAGGGAGACUGGCUGGGUCUCUACAGGCGAUUUUUCAAGUCCCCGCAUUUUGACGGCUGGUACCGACAGCGGCACAAGGAGAUGGCCCUGAAGCUGGAGGCGCUGCACCUGGAGGCGAUCUGUGAGGCGGACAUCCAAGCCUGGAGGAAGGACCGUUCAGAGGUGGAACUUGUGGACCUGGUCCUGAAGCUCCGCGAGAAGCUGGUCCGCGCCCAGGUCCACCGGCUCCCAGUCAAGGAGGAGACCCUGCAGCGAGCGCAGCUCUACAUGCAGAUGAUCAUCGGCUCCCUGCCCAAAGACCUGCAGGGCUUGCUAUGCCCACCCUGAGGGGCCGCCGCGGCUUCCUCCAAGCCCCCACCCUGCAGCCCUGUGCCCUCACUGUCCCAGCAGUAAAUGAAGCAUUUCUUUGGAA